CAACCAGCUCCUUCCUCCCAAAUCCGAAAUCUCCAGUUCCAAACCUCGCCUGACGCCAAACUGACAAAACCUUUUUCCCUCUCUCCGUUUCCUGUCUAUCUGCUCUUUCCGUACGCCUGCUUCUCCAAAUCAUCGAUCAUGUGGUCUCCGAUCUCUCUUUGAAGAGACACAAACAAUUCAAAGAUGGCUUCAGUUUCUUCGAAUCCUCGCACUGUAGAAGAUAUCUUCAAGGAUUACAAUGCUCGUCGCUCUGCUCUCGUUCGUGCUCUCACCAAAGAUGUCAAUGACUUCUAUUCGCAAUGCGAUCCAGAUAAGGAGAAUUUAUGUCUGUACGGGCACCCAAAUGAGUCAUGGGAAGUGAAUCUACCUGCAGAGGAAGUACCCCCCGAGCUCCCUGAGCCUGCACUGGGAAUCAAUUUCGCAAGAGAUGGAAUGCAACGAAAGGAUUGGCUUUCACUAGUUGCUGUGCACAGUGAUUGUUGGUUGCUCUCUGUGGCUUUCUACUUUGGUGCUCGGCUAAAUCGUAAUGAGAGGAAGCGUCUGUUUAGUCUAAUCAAUGAUCUGCCCACCCUUUUUGAAGUUGUGACUGGUAGGAAGCCUAUCAAAGACAAACCUGGUGUGGAUAUUGGAAGCAAAUCUAGGAAUGGAACAAAGAGAUCACUGGAUGGUCAGGUAAGAAACAACCCAAAAUUGCUUGAUGAAAGUUACGAGGAUGAGGAAGACGAGCACAGUGAAACCCUCUGUGGGAGCUGUGGAGGUAACUACACUAAUGAUGAGUUUUGGAUUUGCUGUGACAUCUGUGAGCGGUGGUAUCAUGGAAAGUGUGUGAAGAUAACACCGGCCAAGGCUGAAGGUAUCAAGCAGUACAAAUGCCCUUCUUGCAGCACAAAGAAGGGAAGACAGUAAUAUCCACAGUAAAAAUUCCUUUGCAAAUGUAGGUUGAGUUGGGCGUUGAUCUCGUAUCUAUUUCGGCUCCUUGAUAUCUAAAGGCACUCUUAUAGUUGACUGGGAGGUCCAAAUUUGUCUAGGUAUGUUGAUUGACUUUUAAUGCUUCACAACUGAGGACCUAAUGAUGGAGCUCAUUGUAGAUUAAAACCUGGAAAGAUAUGAAAUACAUCUGUCUUAUUACCAUUAUUAUGUACUGCAUUUGUAAAUGCGGCUAAUUAUAGAAUGAACUUGGGAACUUUAUUGAGGUAAUAGUUGACCAUGGAACGAAAUGGGUACAGGUAAUAUGCAGACAUGUUUAUUAUUUGCUCA